AUGUUUUCUUCUAAAGACAAGCCAAGAUCAAUAAGCAGAGAAAUCCAAGAAGCCUCUGCCAGAGCCAAAGAAAAAACACGUACAGAUAAAUCCGGCUAUAUGAAAGUUGGAGAUGUAAUAGUGCUUAUGUUCAAAUCUAACAACAAUGGAGUCUACAGUGGAUUUCUGUCUGCUGAUGGAGUCAUUUCACAAACCCUCGUUGUGAUCCCACGAGACUCAGAAAGCGAAAAAAAUGCAAAUUCAUUAGCAAGAUCAUGCUUAUUUCGUGUAGAAAAUGCACGAAGAGUAAAUGAAGUGACUACUGAAAAAGCAGAUUCUGAGCUUAAAAUGACGCUUGGGAAAGCCUUGACUUAUGGUGAAAGAAUUCAGCUUCGGCAUCUGCACAGCAUGGGUUUUAUUAACGUGAAUGCCAAAAGUAUUGCUUUGGAGCCAGGCUGUUUACAAGUAACAAUUGAAAAUGAAGGAAGCGAGCAUACAUGAUUUGAAAUUGUCCCAGUUAAUAAGCUAAGGCGAGAUGGAGAAAUGGAUAAUUAAAAUAUGGCGUCUUCGUCUAGGUAUGGCCUCACGGCCAUACAUCCUCGACUCAUAUUUUAAUUAUAUCCGGCAAGGUUUUUCUAGCCCAAAAUGGACAGCAAUGCUAUGGUAACCAAUUCUGCAGGUAGCAGAGCCUAGCCCAAGUCCGAUUUUGAGGCUGGUUUUUACCUCGAAGGAAAGGAGGGUUCAGAUUUGGAAAAGGCAAGACCAGCAAGGUCUACAGGUAAUACCUAGACCAAUCGGGCAACUGCCUAGCGUGAAACUGGGCGUUACGUCCCAGGAUCUGGACUUUACCCUUUUGCCGAUAGGCUACCAGAAAUUCCAUUUUUUGGAAUUUCGGAAUGCUAACUUCGUAUUCUUUCAGCCUCAGGAGGCCGCACAAACCCGUAGACUGCCCACUCAACACUGGAGUCUUUUACAAGAGACAAGGAGGAGGCCCGACGGAAGGAAGGUCGCAAAGCGGUAGAAUCCCACAAGGGAUCUUCGGUAAUUGCGUUAAAAUUAAAGGCACGUGCCUGUCUUACUAAUGUAAUGUAAUGAGAUGGAGAAAUGAUUUCUUAUGGGGAUUCUAUAUGAUCAGUUGCUUAAAUUUCUGAUCGGCUCCCACGAGCCAAAGAUGGAUUUCACGCGUGAAAAUCCAGAAAUUCCACGUGGAAACGAUUUUUGGCUCGUGGGAGCCGGUCAGAAAUAACGCCAAAGGACUAUAUCAUUUCAAUCAUUAUCAGAAAAAUCUCAGUAUUUCUUGCAUUGCUAUGAAAGUGCAUCUGCGCUUUCAGACAGGAAAUUAGAAGUAAAUGCAAGCGGGAAACAGACUGAGUGAAAGCCUAGAAGAUACAUGGCGUUUAAUUUGUCAAGUGAAGCAUCUAAUUUUGUGACGACUGGAGAUUCGUUUAGAAUUUACCAUAGAAUUUCACAAGGAUAUUUAUCAGUUAACGAAACACAAAUCAUAGGAGAUGCAGGAGUCCCUGAAGCUUAUUUAGAAAAGAAAAAUAAAUCCAGUAAUUCUUUAUGAGAGCUGCAAAGAGUAUCCAGUUUUGUUGGGGGAACUGCAAAAUGAGAAGAACAGUUUAGAAUAAAGCAUUUAGCGACUGGCUUUUUCUUAAAAGAGUCAGCUGACUGUGCAGAGCUUACUUCUAAUGCUUAUGCACAAGGGACAUUAUUUAGGCUAAUUCCUGAUUCAGAAACUGCAGAAACUGAAAUAAGGUUUGGUACAAUUUUAUCUUUGCAGACUGAAAAAUACAAAUUUAUCCAAGUUAGGGAUGAGAUGAUUGAAGAACAAUAUUUGAGGAAAAAGAAAAGUAUUAAAUAUAAACUAGGAUUAGCAACUGGGAAAAAAGAUUAUGCGACCAUUGCGUUUUUAAUAGAAGAUGUCCCGGAGCAUCAGACAGCACAUGUUUAUAAGCUCUCUUUGAUGAUUCCUCACUUGUGUGAUUUUUAUUACUAUAUGGACGAUAAUACAAUAACCACUGAUUAUUUAUUAGAAAAUCCAGAAAGAGAAAAUUUUUUAAAAGCAAAUUGUAGUAAUAUGACCACAAUGCUCAAAAAUUUAUCAAAACAUAUUAUACACCAAAAUGACUCAGAAGUAGAUAUUCAUAAAAGGCAAAAUUCCAUGAGAGAAAUGGGCGUCAUUGAUGGACUAAUGGCAAUUGCAGAGCUGAUUCAGAAUAAGCUAGACACUACUGGAACAAGAGCAGGAAGCCGUCCAGGACAUCAAGACGAUAAUAAUAUUGCAUCAAAAUAUCUAAUUCAUGUACAAAAUGGAAUUUACAGACUUGUUUAUGAAUCUAUUAAAGGAAAUUCAAGGAAUUGUCAAAAUUUUGAUAAAUACGAGCAUCAUCUAGUAGCUAUGCUGUCUAAACAUAUCAAUAAAGACAUUGGGAAUAUUCUCACUCCCCCCCCUUUAAAUUGGAACUAAAAAUUUUGUUCCAAUUUAAAGGGGGGGUUAAGAAAAUGUUUUUAAAAAAAAAAAUCAUUAUAAAAUUUAAAAACAAAAAAUUUAUAUAAAAUUUAAAAAAAAAAAAAUUUCAAAAAUUUAUCGAAUUAGAUUAAUAAAUUUGUUUAAUAAAAUGCUAUUUACUCUUCAUCCUUUAAAACAAAGCAAUAUAUAACUAAAAUUUUAUUAUUAAUUACUAUUAAUUGGUAUCAAAACUAUUUACACAAAAAUUAUUAUUUUUAUUGAUAAUAAAAAAAAUUAAAAAAAACAAUUUUAGAAAAUUUAUUAAUCAAAGUGGUAAUUUUAAUUAAAUAAGAUGUUUAUUUAUACUAUAUUCUUUAAAAUAAAGUAAGAGAUAAGUAAAUUUUGAAUUUUUGUAAAGAAUUCGUAUUGAAUUUAUAUCAAAGCUCUUUAAACAAAAAAUAUCAUUUUUAUCAAAAAAAAUAAAAUUUUUUAAAACAAAAAAAAUUAAAUGUUUUUAAAAAUUUACAAUUAAGGAUAAUAAAUUUAUUUAAAUAGAUGUUUCUUUAUACUAUAUUCUUUAAACAAGAGCAGGAUAUAACUAAAUUUUUUAAUUUUAGUUAAGAAGAAACAUUUAAAUUAUAUCAAAACUUUUUACAUAAAAAUUAUGAUUUAUAUAUAUAAAAUUUUUUAUUAUAAAAUUAAAUUUUGUUCCAAUUUAAAGGGGGGUUAAUUAACCAAAAAAGUGGAAAUUUUACCUAUAUUUUGUUCCAAUUUAAAGGGGGGGGAGUCAGAGAAAUAUUUUGCUAUACUUCAGAAUUUUCUUUAUUAGACGAAAAGAAGUUCAGCAGGUGGUUUAAUUAUCUAGAACCAAUCAGUGAAACCCCUAAUAAUAUUCAAGAACAGACCUUAUAUUUAACAAUCUUAAAGUACUUAUGUGAAAAUAAAGGCGCUGGAGUUUUAAAAUUUCAAGUUUUAGCUAGAAAAUGCCUGCUUGAUCCAGAAACUCAUUUUUCUCUUAUAAGAUUCCAUAUAGUAAAUAAAAGACCUUGUGUUGAGUUUGAUUUUCCUAUAAAAACUCAUACAGUUCAAGAUAUAUUAAAAGCUAAUCCAAGACUAAGUGCUUUUGGGACAGCCAAAGAUGAACAAAGCUUGCUUAUUGACGAAGAAAUUACUAGUGCUAUUUUUUACCUAGAAGAUAUUUGUAAACUUGAUGAAUACGCUAGCUAUCUUGCCGCAACCAUAGACUUGAUUGCAAGCAUCUGCUUAGGUAGAUAUAAAAUGGCUAUCCAGCAUACAGGAACUACCAUUAAUGCUUCCCUUUCUCAUAUCCAGCUAGCUCUCAAAAAUGCUGAUAUAAACGACAAGGUGCGAGCAGCCUAUGCAAACUUAUGUAGGGUUCUUUAUAUUGAUGUCGACCCUUAUAUACCUUGUACAUCACAAAAAACCCGCUGCUUUAGCUGAGAUGACAAAAUUGAAAGGGUUGACGAAACUACCUUUGAGCACCGUCACGAAAAUUUGAACCAAGUCAAAGCAAUUAUCCAGAACUUCUGAAGCUAUGAAGGAGAUGUAAAAAUAAAUAAAGAGCAGCUUGGGCGAAAAUUAAAACUAGUGGUUUCCUUUAUAAAAGUCACUAGAUCUAUGAUUGAUUUAGAAAUCGAAGACUAUGAGUUCAUUGAAUUUGUAAUGCAACCUAUCUGCUUUUUAAUUACUGAAAAAUCAGGAGAUGAAAGCCACUGAUGUACACAGUUGACAAGAGAAGUAAGGGAAUCUUUAUCUAAUGACUAUAACCCAUCACUAGAGAAAAAACAUAUACAAGUCAUCGAAGAAGUUUUGAGCAUGCUACAAGUGCUUGUGGUUAGAAGGGAAAAUCUGCAGUUAUAUAAUUUAUUGAGGCUGUUUUGGGAAUAUAAUGAAAAAAAGAAUACUAAUGAGGAAUUAACAGAUGAGGAUUUAAAGGUGAGAUUUGAAGAUACAUUGAAACUGCUGGAUUGGGAUGUAGAAGACCGCAGCAAAGAGCAAGAAAUAGAAAUUAUCAAUAAAAUGGAUGAAAAGUUCAUACAGAGCUUCUCAUAUCAGCCAAUUACUAAUAUCAGCAAAUCUGUGCAUUAUUUAGACAUUUAUCUAUUGGAGCUGCUUUUUGAUGUAAGUAAAUCAAAAAAUAAAGAAAUCAGGAAAAGGGCACUUGAGCUGAUUCUAAAUGGCUUGAAUAGCAGAAAAUUACUGAAAAAAGAAAUGAUUAAAGUUGAGUUUUUAACUGAUGAAAAUACAAAAGAUUUUUAUUUAAAACUGCUACAGCGAAAAAGAAGGCUUAAUGAGACUAUUAAGACACUAACACAAGGCCAAGAGGAAUCUCACGAAGCAAGUGAUAUUCCUAUGCUUAUAUCCUAUGGAUAGCCCGAUAAGCGCAGGAGAUUUGAGAGGAAAACUCUCCAGUUGUCAGACUAGCUUAGGUUGCUAAAACCAUUUGGAAAUAGAUUUACUUGCUAGCUCUCUAGCUGGAUUUAUCAACCAAUUGAGGAGUUUUCCUAUCAAAUCUUCUGCCCUUAUUGGCCCAUCCAUAGGAAAAGAAUAUAUGUAUAAUGAAGCUUUAAAAGACUCCACAGUAAUAACUUUAGAAUUUUCUCAGCUAUUUAAAAAUGAUACUAUGCAUGACUAUAAAAGAGUAAAAUACCAAAAUUUACUGAUGCAAAGUGGCGUUUAUAAUAUCUUGAUCGAUAUUCUUUAUCUUAAGCAUGAUGAAUCUCAAAGAUAUUUAUUAAGACAUGCCCUUACAACUCUUUAUCAUUUCUGCUGGGACAAUAAGCGCAACCAAAAAGUUCUUUUUCCACAUAUUCAUAAACUGCUUGAUUUAAUUGGGAUUUCUUUUAAUGUAACCAAGCUGAUAGCACAAGUUUUAAGUGGUCAUACAAGGUCAGAAAUCGCAGGAAAAGUGAUUGUGCAUAUAUUUGAAUUAAUAGAAACCCAUGAUAAUGAAUUCCACUUAUUGCAGCUUUUGAGAACUUUUAUUAUUGAUGAGCAUAGGAAAAUUAUUCCUCGUGUCCAAAUUGAUAAGUGUUCUGCAGUCCCGAUAAAAAGACUCUGAUUAUAAAAGCCUAUCUACUUAAUCAGAAACAGGAAAACCCUUCUGAGGGAGAUAUAAAACUCCCUCUUCGAUAGGGAGCCCUAAACUGAAGGCCUACAAUGGUUUCUGAACUCAGCACGAUCGAAUCAUAGGUAUUGCGCCUCGGAUUCCGUCUUCUCUUAAGCCACAUAUCAUUUUCUUGGCGUUUUAAAAGGAAUUUUUAAUAGCAAAGCAAUCAGACAAAUGCACAUGCAGACUGGAAAUAUUCAAGAUUUUUUAUCCCCUCAUUUAGGACUUGAUAAAGAUCCAGUAAAAGGAAAACUUCGGCUGAGGUACCAUUUAGAAGUAAUUAAUUGCAUUAUUGCUUGUACAACAGAUAAUAGGUUCGGCAUAUUUCAAGGCAGAAAACUAAUCCCGCUUAUUCAAUUGAAAAACAUAUUCAAAAAAGAAAAUUUAAAUUUAUAUUGUAAAAAGGCUUAUUUGAGAUAUUUAUAUCAAGUUUAUAUGGUUGGAAUUGAAGGCGGAGUCGAGCCAGCAGUUUCUUUAAAUGGCCUUGAAGAUGUUUUCAGAGAUAUUUUUCUACACGAUUUAUCUCUUUAUAGAGAAACUGCUGAUGAUCUCAUAAGAUUAUCUUUAUUAGGAGAAUUUGAUUCAAUUCCAUGCAAAUUUUCAAAACUAAACAAAUGAGACACUUUCAAAAAACUCGUAGCUGAUAGUAAAGCUGAAGAACUUAUAGGGCUUGAUUCUGAAUUUUCUAAUAGAAGACUCUCCCCAGAAGUCAUUGAACCCGAACAAAACCCUGAACAGGAGCGUAUAAAAGACUAUUGAAAUUAUUUGUCAGGCAAUAAAUCAUGGCACUCAGAAAAAGAUGGUUUGGUCCAUAUAUUGCGAGAUAUGAUGCUUUCUAAUUCUUUGCCAUUAAGCGAGACUUUAAUUAUAGUUUUACAAGACAUUCGUGAGCUUCUUCACGAUAUGAGUGACUAUUUCCAAAACCAAGAAGUGAAGUUCCCUGAAUUAGAUUUUUCUAAUAUCAUAAUGACUAUAAAUCUGUGCAGAGAAUGUCUUCCUAUGUCAGGGAUUGAAAAAAUGCAAGAAAAUCCUGAAGGUAAUGAGCUUGACCAAAUAGUCGCUAGAAUGAGAGAAUAUAUUAUAGAAGAAAAACUGUCUUUAGAAGAAGCUUUUUCAGUAUUUGACGUGGAUAGAAAUGGAAAUAUUGAAUAUGAAGAGUUUAGAAAAGCGAUUAAAAAUACAUUAGGAAAUGUUAGGUCGGCUGAUAUUGAAAAAGCUUUUUUUUAUUUACUCCCCCCCCCCCUCCGUGAGCGAACAAAACAUUAGAAAAAUCGCCAUUUUUUGACCAAAAACCCACCCUCCGUGAGUGAACAAAAAUUUUUUUAAUAGAAAAAAUUUUAAUGGAAAAAAAUUUUGAUAUAUAAGUGAUAAUUAGUAUAAUGAAAUCUAGAGCUAAUUCUGUUUAAUUUUAAACAAAUUGCGUUUUAAAACAUAAAUUUUGCAAAUUAAAUUAAUAUUUGCUUCCCAAUUUUUGCAAAUUAGGAUUUUUUUAAAUUUCGAAAAAAAUAUUUUUUUUAUAAAAUUUAUAUAUAAAUUUUUUUUAAAAAAAAAAAUUAACCCCCCUCCGUGAGCGAACAAAAUUUUUUUGUUCGCUCACGGAGGGGGGGGGGGGAGUUAGAUGCUGAUCAUGAUGGAUAUUUACGAUUUAAAGAAUUUGCUAAUAAGCUCAGAAAAUAUUUUUCAAAAGUUCCUCAUCUAGUUAAAAUAAAUAAGCAAAGACAGUUUGCAAGUGGGGGAGCAUCAAGCCCUGUGCAAGCUCCAAAUCAAGAAUUAAUUUUUGAUCAAGAAGUCAAAAAUGGCCUUGAAAGCUUUUCUGGACUUUUUUCAAAUUUGUGUAAAGAUCAAGAUGUUGGAGUUUUGGUUAGAAAAAUUAAAGAUAGGUUUGUAGACCCUGCAAUUCAAACUAAAAAUUUGUCAAUUUUGAAAGAGUUUAUAUCAAAAUUGGGAACUGCUUUUAGGAAAAAGAAGCAUAAAAUUAGCUUAUUGAAAAUGCUAAGAAUGCUGGUUCCAGAAAGCAAGAAGAAAGAAAUAAUUUUUGAUAGUGAAGAAAAUGAGAUGAUUAAUAAUUACGAGUAUUUACAAAAUGUACAAAGCACUCUAAGUGAAGCUGGGGUACUUGAGCUUGCAUUAGGAAUAAUCAAUGAUGGAAAUGAAUUUGAUUUAAUUAAUGAAGCAGUAAAACUUCUAUUAUGUCUACUUAGAUUUGGGAAUUCAUCAGUCCAGAGAAAACUACUCAAAAUUAUGACAGCUUCUGACAACUCAAAUUUAUUUUCUUAUAUCCGAUCUCAACUACGUUCAGCAAGAGACCGAAUUGUAGAGAAAGCUAAAGGUGCAUUUUUAAAAAAUCCUGAAAGAGCAGCAGGAAUUAUUAUUGAAGGCUCGCAGGACCCUGCUGAAAUUCCCCACGAUCUCAAAGACAAAAUUUCCCAUGUAAAAAAUCUUAUAAGGCUUUUACAGUUAUUCUGCGAAAACUGCUUUACAAAAUUUCAACAUUAUAUUCGGUCUCAAGAAGACGAUUCUGCCAGAAAAAUGCAUCUUUCUAUAAAUAUGAUAGAUGAGUUAGCUCAAUUUCUUAUUAAUAUAAGAGAAGCUGGGCCUUAUAUAUCAGACGACUAUGAAGCAAGAAAGCUGAUUCCACAGUGCUUAGAAACAUUAAUUGAUGCGUGUAGAGGACCUUGUGUGGAAAAUCAAUUAUUGGUAGGAAAAAGACGAAAGUUUUAUAAGUUCAUCAAUAUGGCUUUAAGCUUGAAAAUAGAAAAUAGACUGUUCGAAGAUUAUUUUCAGAGCAGUAUAAGAUUAUUGUCAACACUUUUAGAAGGAGAACUUGAUAUAGGUAUCGCCACAAUGAUGAUAGAUUAGAUUGAAAUUAUAGCGAGUCUUCAAGGAUUAUUUUAGUCCCUUACAAUUCAUGGAUAGCUUCGCGUUGUUGCUAAGCGCAAUCCUCACACCUACCCUUUUGCCUCUGACUUCACCAAAAAAUGAUGACGUAAGAAGUCUCUCGGGGAGAUCGCCCUCCACUUUUUCUGAAUCACACCAAACGACCAAGACUCCCUGACCAUUGGUAAACCACCUUUGCCUCCUCCAUGAGCUGUAUCACAGGCUUAGUAAUGCUCCAAUGGAGUGCUGAAGGACAUUUCACUAUAGGCACCUCUUAGAGCCAGGAAAAACCCACCCCGAAAACUAUUGUCAUGCAGAUCCUCUUCCCUGAUCCGGAUCAACUCUCAAACACCAGAGUCCGCGAUUUUACUAAUUAUUAUGAUAGAAGAAAUUGGAUAAUUAAAAUAUGGCGUCUUCGUCUGGGCAUGGCCUCUCGGCCAUGCAGCCUCGACACAUAUUUUAAUUAUAUCCGGCAAGGUUUUACAAAUCCAGAAAUGGACAGCAAUGCUAGGUAAGCAAUUCUGGUAAUGCACAGAGCCUAGCCCUCAGUCCGAAUUCAAGAUUGGGUUUUACCUCAAGGGUAAGGAGGGUUUGGAUUUGGAAAGGGCAAGCCCAGCGAAGUCUGCAGGUAAUACCCAGACCAAUCGGGCAACUGCCUAGCGUGAAACCGGGCGUUACGUCCCGGGAUCCAGAUUUUUCCUUUUGCCGAAAGGCCGAACAGAAAUUCCAUUUUUUUGGGAAUUUUUGGAUGGUCAACCUUGUGACACAUGCAGCAGCCGCAGAAGUCCAUAGUCCGCCCACUCAACACUGGACCCGAAAGGGAAGGAGGAGACGUCCGAAGCAGAACUACACUUCAGAAGUGCCAUGGCAUCAGGCGCUGAAGAAGAAGAAAGGUGGUGUCAGAGCUGAACACUUGCCCAGCAAAUCAUUGCCCCAAUUCGAUCAAGGCGAAGCUGAAGACGACGCAAAGCGGAUGAACCACCCGUAUGGGUAGGUCCUUGGUGACUGCGUAACCAAUAUGGCAGACGCCUCCCUAUAAGUUUAAGUUUAAGUUUAAGUUAAGAUAGAAGAAAUUGAUUUUAAAGAGCUGGCUGAUAUAGCAUUUAUUAUAUAUAAAGAACAUAUAUACCCUAAAAUGAGUAUCCUAAUACAGGACCGUGUAGAUGAUGGCUCUGAUAAUACUUUAAUGAGAGACACUCUGAGAUCUUUUAUAAAGUGUUCUGAAACCCCUCCUGAAAAAAUUCCUAUAAAUGAAUGGCGGGUUAUAGAUAUCGGCUUCCAAAUUGUUAUUAUGACUAUCAGACUCAGAGAAAGAUUUCCUCAUUUAGAAGAACUGAAUUGGAUUGCAUUUAGUGAUAAAGUUCCUAUAGCUACAAAAACCACAAAUUUAAACUCUAUUAUUUUGCAAACAAAAUAUCUAGAAGGAAGAAACGAAGAUUUAUUCAAAACUGUUUAUUCUUGAAUAAGGAAAUAUUUUGGAAGCAAAAAAGAUACAUUUUAUGACUUAACAAUGGACAAGGCUUAUGAAUUUUAUUCUUCUUUAAUCGGUACUGUUGAAAUCGAUAGAGACAAUAAGUUGGAAAUCUGCCAUUUUAGAAUUCCUUCAUCUAUGGUAUUUUUGAGCUCACAAUUUAGAAAUGAUGUGAUUUAUAAGAUAAAUAGAAACAGCCAUGAAGAAAAAAUAAAGUCGUUGUUUCAUAAUAGUGAAAAAUAUCAAAUUUAUAUGACGCAUAUACAAAAACUGUCAGAAUUCAAAAAAAUAGCUUGGUGGGCUAGCAAAAAUCCAUCGCUAGCGAGAAUGUGUUUUUGGCUUGUUGUGAUUAUAAAUGCAUUAUUGCUGGCUGAUGUAAAAAAUUCAAAUGAGCCUCUGCAAGAAGAUGAUAAUACAUCAAUAAAAGGUGGGGUAAUUUUUCUAGGUGUAAUAUUGAUAUUUUUAUCAUUAUUUGUGUACAUUUUUUAUAUGCUUGAAAACUACCCUAUUGAUCUUUAUAAAUAUAUGCACAGAGAAAGAGAAUCAGAUAUUUACUAUGUUCCUGUUUUAAAUAAAUUAAAAGGCACUGUUCUAAUGGAUUAUUAUAUAGAAAGUGUCAAAAAACACAAUAAAUCUAACUCCCAAAAAGUUUUGUCCGCUCACGUAAAGGGUUAAUUUUUUUAAAUUUAGAAAAACCAAUUCACAAUAUUAUAAAAUUUAUGUUGUUUAAAAAUUCAUUAUAUAAUUAUCACUUAUAUAUCAAAAUAUUUUUAUCACGGAAGGGUGGGUAAUUACCCAUAAAAUAGGAUUUUUCUUUAAACUUUUUGUUCGCUUACGGAGGUUUGGAGUAAGCAUUUGAGUAUAAAAUUCAAAAUCCUGAUAGUCCUUAUAAGCCGCCAAAAUCUUUUUAAUUUUCUUUAUUUGCUUUCAGCCUGUUUUGCUAUGAAAUAUCAGCUUCUUUAUGCUAUUUUACUUUUGGACUGUAUAAGAUGGAGCAAAGAUUUAGAUAAUGUUCUCAGAUCAAUCACUCAAAACAGAAAGCAACUUAUUUUGACACUAGUUCUAGGACUUAUUUCUAUAUAUUUAUUCGGAGUUGCAGGAUUCAUGUGGCUUGGGCAGUACUAUCUAACACAAGAUGAAGGUGCCAACUAUAGCACAUAUUGCAAUACAUUAGUAGAAUGUGCCACCUCAACCUUAAACUAUGGUAUAAGAAAUGGUGGAGGAAUUGGUGAUGCCUUAAUGAUGCCUAAAUAUACAGAUAGAGACUAUUUUCUAUCCCAGCUAUUUUUUAUUUUAUUUUUCAUUGUGAUUAACAUUAUCCUGAUGAAUAUUAUUUUUGGUAUAAUUAUUGACACUUUUUCUGAGCUGAGAGAUGAAAGACAAUUAAUUGAACAUGAUAUGAACAAUAUUUGUUUUAUUUGUGGAAGAGAAAAGUUUGAAUUUGAAUUAAGGGGCUCUGGGUGGACUGAACAUGUACAGCUAGAACAUAAUGUAUAUGCAUAUUUGGCUUAUAUUAUUUAUAUAAGAAAGAAACCUCUGAAUGAAUGUAAUGGGAUUGAGAAAUAUGUGAAAAAUAAAAUGAGGCAAAAUGAUGUGUCAUUUUUCCCGAAAAAUGCAAGAUGCUUGCUUUAUACCGAAGAAAAAAGUGAGGAGGAAAAACAUUUUGAAAUUAUUGAGGAGGAAAUUGUGGAUUUGGAAAGGAGUUUGAUAAGUAGUAAAACAAUUAGUGGCAAGGAGACUUCAAAAGAAAGGUAA